AUGGCUUUAAAAAAUAUUUCGUAUGGGCUACGGUUGUCUCUCUGUCUCUCCUUCUCUCUCUCUCUAUCUCUCUCUCUCUCCUUCUGCAAUAAAAACAACACCAACUGCCAACACUCAAACUCUUGCCAAAACAGUUCUACAUGCAAUGAUCUUUCAAAGGGAAAUUGCCAUUGUUUGAACAUUGCCACUAAUUUGGUCGGAGACUGUGACAACAUAGAAGAUCCUUGCUUCUCUAAUCCUUGCCAAGAAAAUGCCUUAUGUGUGAAAGCCCCAGGAGAAAGGCGCUUUCUCUGCAAAUGUCUCCCUGGGUAUAGUGGGGUGACCUGUGAGCUUGUCAUUGGCUCCUGCAAUAAGGACUUCUGCCAGCAUGGAGGCGUUUGCCUACAGGAUCCUGUCCACCCUGUCUGUAUCUGCCCAGCUGGAUAUACUGGAAGAUUCUGUGAGAUGGAGGCUGAUGAGUGUGCUUCCAGCUCUUGCCACAAUGGAGCUGUUUGCCAGGAUGGAGUCAAUGGCUAUUCCUGCUUCUGUGUCCCAGGAUAUCAAGGCAGGCACUGUGACCUGGAAGUGGAUGAAUGUGUUUCAGAUCCCUGCAAAAAUGAGGCCACCUGUCUCAACGAGAUAGGGAGAUACCCUUGUAUCUGUCCCUGUGAUUAUGCUGGUGUAAACUGUGAAUUGGAAGUUGAUGAAUGCUGGUCCCUGUCCUGCCUGCAGGGUGCCACCUGUCAGGAUGCUCUAGGAGUUUAUAUCUGUGACUGUGGCCCCGGCUUCCUAGGCAGUUACUGUGAAUUCAACAUCCAUGAGUGUGCCAGUCAGCCCUGUCUGCAGCGAGAGCAGUGCCUGGAUGGAAGUAACAGAUACAGCUAUAAUUGCACAGGUAGUGGAUUCACGGGGACACACUGUGAGACCUUGAUGCCUUUAUGUUGGUCAAAGCCCUGUCAGCAUAAUGCUAUAAUGCUAUGUGAGGGCAGUGUUGACAAUUACACUUGCCACUGCUGGCCUGGAUACACGGGUGCCCAGUGUGAGACCAACAUCAAUGAAUGCAGUAGUAGCCCCUGCCAGUCGGAUGGGGAGUGUGUGGAGCUGUCCUCAGAGAAACAAUAUGGACGCAUAGCUCAGCUGCCUUCUUCAUUCAGCUACCCUGAAGAAGCUUCGGGCUAUGUUUGUGUCUGUCCUCCUGGAUUCACAGGAGUCCACUGUGAAGAAGACAUUGAUGAAUGUUCUCCAAAUCCCUGCCAAAAUGGUGGGACUUGUGAGGAUUUGCCUGGCAACUACACUUGCCACUGCCCUUUCGAUAACCGUUCUGGGACAUUUUAUGGAGGAAGACAGUGUUCUGAUAUUCUCCUGGGCUGUACCCACAGCCAGUGUCUAAAUCAUGGAGUCUGCAUCCCUCAUUUACAAAAUGACCAGCACGGAUUCAGCUGCCUAUGUCCAUCUGGCUACACUGGAUCACGGUGUGAAACUGCCACCACACUUUCUUUCGAGGGCAAUGGCUUCCUGUGGGUCACCAGUGACCCGAGUACAGCCAGGGACGCUGCGUGUAACAUAGGCCUCAGAUUUCAGACUGUUCAGCCAAUGGCACUGCUACUCUUCCGAGGUGGCAGGGACAUGUUUAUAAUGCUGGAGUUGCUGAAUAGCAACAUUCACCUAUCAGUUCAAGUCAGUCAUAAGUCCAAGGUGCUUCUGUACAUUUCCCAUAACACCAGUGAUGGAGAGUGGCAUUCCGUGGAAGUGAAGUUUGCAGAGGUCGUGACCCUUGCUUUACUGGACAGUUCUUGUAUGGAACAAUGUGUCGCAGAAGCUCCUUCUCCAUUUGAAAGCCAUCUGUCAACAUGUGCUUCACACAAUUCCUUUUUGGGUGGUUUACCAGUGGGAACAAAUGGUUAUGGUUUUGCUCUGCUUAACAUCUCUGAGAUUGAGAUACCAUCUCCACCUUCGAUGGUAGGCUGUCUCCAAGACAUUAGAAUUGAUUCGAAUCCCAUUACCCUGGAGAAUAUUUCAUCUGCCUCCUCACAAAAUGUCAGGGCAGGGUGUGUGAGAAAGGACUGGUGUGAAAGCCAGCCUUGUCAGAAUAGAGGACGCUGUAUCAACUUGUGGCUCAGUUAUCAGUGUGAUUGCUACAGGCCCUAUGAAGGCCAGGACUGCUUCAGAGAGCACGUAGCAGGCAGGUUUGGCCAAGAUGACUCCACUGGAUAUGCUAUUUUUAAUCUUGACAAGAGAUAUGGAGAGAACUUCACCCUCUCUAUGUUUGUUCGAACACAUCGACCAUCAGGCUUACUUCUAGCUUUGGAAAGUAGCACUUAUCAAUUCUUCCGAGUUUCGAUCGAAAGUGGAAAGAUAGCAAUGCGGAAUCCAGGUUUCCCCAAACUAGUAGCAGAAUUUGUUCUUAGUGAUGGAAAUGUCCACUUAGUAUCAUUGAAAAUCAAGUCAAACAAAAUGGAACUGUAUCAGUCUUCAUAAAACUUAGGAUUUAUUUCUGUUCCUGCCUGGAGAAUUCAAAGAGGGGAUAUACUCUACAUUGGAGGUCUGCCUGACAGACAAGAGACUGAAGUUAAUGGUGGAUUCUUGAAGGGAUGUAUCCAAGAUGUGAGAAUAAACAAUGAGUAUCUGGAAUUCUUUCCAAAUUCAAUGAAGAAUUCAUCCCAGAAUCCAGUUCUUGUCAAUGUGACGCAAGGAUGUUCUGGAGACAACAUGUGCAAGUCCAACCCCUGUCACAACGGAGGUGUUUGCUACUCCUUGUGGGAUAACUUCUCAUGUUCCUGCCCUGCAAAUACAGCUGGGAAAGUCUGUGAAGAUAUCCAGUGGUGUGAACUCGGCCCGUGCCCUUCCAGUGCCCAGUGCUAGCUGGUGCCUCAGGGAUUUGAGUGUGUUGAAAAUGUUGUUUUUAAUGAACAAAGCAGAGAAAUACGAUUCAGGAGCAAUGGGAAUAUUACCAGAGCCCUGACCAACAUCACAUUUGGCUUCAGAACAAGGGAUGCAAAUAUGAUCAUAUUGCAUGCGGAGAAAGAGCCUGAAUUUCUUACUAUUAGGGUCCAAGACUCCAAAUUGUUAUUUCAGUUGCAGAGUGGCAACAGUUUUUAUAUGCUGAGUCUUACAAGCUUGUUGUCAGUGAAUGAUGGCAUCUGGCACCAAGUGACUUUUUCCAUGACAGACCCCCUGGCCCAGGCCUCCAGGUGGCAAAUGACCGUGGACAAUCAACCACCUUUUGUGACCAGUGCGGUUGUUACCGGAAGCCUCAGCUUUUUGAAGGAUAAUACAGACAUUUUUGUGGGCGGCCAAGCUGUUGACAAUAUUCAGGGUCCACAAGGGUGUCUAAGUACAAUAGACAUCAGUGGCAUUUAUCUCUCCUACUUUGAAAAUGUACGUGGCUUCACUAACAGACCCCAGGAAGAGCAGUUUCUCAAAACUUCUGUAAAUUCAGUAGUGACUGGCUGCUUACAGGUCAAUGCUUGCACCUCUAGCCCGUGUCUGCAUGGAGGAAAAUGUGAAGACAUCUACACUUCCUAUAGCUGCUCCUGUCCCAUGAGAUGGUCAGGGACACGCUGUGACCUCCACACUGAUGAGUAUACUUCAGACCCCUGUAUCCAUGGCAACUGCUCCAGUGGAGUGGCAGCCUAUCACUGCAGGUGUGAGCCUGGCUACACGGUGAACUGCGAAAUGGAAAUUGACAAUUGCCAGAGCCACCCAUGUGCCAAUGGGGCCGCUUGCAUCAGCGACCCCAGCGGCUAUUGCCUCUGUUUUGGGAACUUUACAGGAAAGUUUUGCAGACACUCCACAUUACCCUCAGCUGUCUGUGAAAACAACAAGAUGAAUCUAACUUGCUACAAUGGAGGCAAUUGUACUGAGUUCCAGGGUGAAUUACUAUGUAUGUGCCAGCCAGGUUUUACUGGGGACCGGUGUGAAAAGGACGUUGAUGAGUGUGCCUCUGAUCUAUGCCUCAACGGAGGCCUGUGCCAGGACCUGCUCAACCAAUUCCAGUGCCUGUGUGAUGCCGCCUUUGGUGGCGAGCGCUGUGAAGUUGAAUUGGCAGGUAGCUUGAUCUCGAACCUCUUCACCAUCUUAGGCUCAGCAACCUCAGCUCUGUUGUUGAUCCUCUUUCUGGCAAUUGUUGCCUCCAGCAAAAGGUCAACUCAAGGAACCUAAAGCCCCUGCUGGCAGGAGAAGGAAGUCAGGGUGGGAAUGUGGAGAGUGAUGCCACCCCCCACAAUGGAGAGGCUGAUUUAG